AUGUCUGCAUCAGACUCCUACCCACGCGAGUCCGCCCCAGCAAUGAUCUUCCCGAGUGGUGAGGGUGUAAUAACGGCCCUGCCGUCAAGGCCUCAACGCGGACUGUCUCUAUCAGGUGGCUCUACGCUGGCGGGAGAAACAUCCUCGAUACCUGAAGCCGAAGGACCAACAUGGCCACGCGAAUGGCGGGCCUGGACCUCACUUGUUGGAUGCUUUUUCCUUAUGUUCAACUCCUGGGGGCUGGUAAAUGCGUACGGCACAUUCGCAAGCUACUACGAAGAGCUAUUGAUGCCAGAAAAAGAUUUGUACCUGAUGAAUCUCAUCGGCUCUACUGAGUCAUUUGUAGUCCUCGUCUUGUCGUUCAUCGUUGGCCGUCUGCUUGACGCCGGGCUCUCCAACAUCGUACUCCCGAGCGGUUUUGUGCUGGUCACGCUCGGCAUGUUUUUGCUGAGCCUGAGUGGUGGUGAGACGUACAACUCAGGCGACUACGGUCACAUUUGGCUCACUCAGGGCUUGACGACUGGUUUGGGAAUGGCCUGUUUCUUUGUGGCAAGCUCUCAGAUCGCAACUACCUGGUUCGUGAAGCGAAAGUCUUUAGCGAUUGGGAUUGUCGCCUCUGGCGCAAGCAUUGCUGGCCUAGUUUAUCCGUUCAUGGCAAGAGAGUUAAUCGCGCGUUUAGGAUGGGAAAGAGCUCUGCAAAUCACUGCAAGUCUUACUAGCGGUACAUCGCUCGUCUCAGUAGUUUUUGCACAACCAAAUCCCAAGCAUCCUCUCAAUAAAGGCGAAAAUAGCAAGUGGCUCUCGGUGGGGCGCUGGAUCGAUCCGCCGGCAUUCAGUCAUGCUACAUACAACUGGUUCUGUGCUUCCAUAGCCUUCAUGUUCUUCGGCUUCUACGCCGUCUUUUUCAACCUCGAAGAGUGGGCUUUGAGCAAAGGACUAGGCAGAACGAAUGCCCGAGGAGAUAUUGACCACGAGAUCCCGGUUUUCUACUAUUUGUCCGUUAUGAACGCGUCAAGCACGAUUGGCCGAUGCCUGUCCGGCUGGCUCAGCGAUCGCUACGGCGCAUUGAGGGUUCAUUUUUGCGUAAUGUUUGUUUCAUCCCUGCUGUUACUUGCUCUCUGGACGACGGUAAGCAACGUGGCAGGCGCAUUUGCGUUCGUCAUUAUUUUUGGAGCCUUCUCUGGGGCGGUUAUCGGCAUGCCCCCGGCAACGAUUGCAAACAUCAUCCACCAUACCCCUGACACCGACCACAGCCGCAUGGGACACUGGACAGGCAUGAUGUAUACCAUUGCUGCUCCGUUUGCGCUCACAGGCCCGGUCAUUGCUGGCCAUCUCAUCUCGCGCUAUAACUCGUUCCUCUCGGUGCAGCUUUGGAGUGGCAUGUGCCUAUUCUUCUCCAGUAUGUGCAUUGCUGCGGCCAUGUACAGCAUGUACAGAGAAAGAUGGCGCUCCAGCAGCUUGGUAAAAGUUCAAAGCUUCGCCAGCCGGUUGUUCGAUACAGAGAGCGGUGCCGUAACAGCUGUCAAUAGCCGUCCAGAGACUCGGGACGUGAGUGACAAUGAGAAAGAUGAUGGCAAGGACCGAUCAUCCACUGGACAGUAAGCCAAAGUUCGCCCAGCAAUGCCGAGGCGUCUGUUACCUUAAAUAUCCAAUGAGAUGCAUCAGCUUCGACCGAAUCUGGAAAGAUGGGAUUUGUACGCUAUCGGCAUUGUGUGCUUUACCCGCUAGCAGCUCGGAUGGGAUGAGGAUAUUCAAAAGACGGAUUACG